AUGGACAAUGCACCGUACCAUUCUGUCAAAAAAGACCUGGUUCCUACAACGGCUUGGAAAAAAGACGACAUAAUAAAUUGGUUGAAGUCUAAAGAUAUUGUUUUCGAUAAACCGAUGUUGAAAUUUCAAUUGCUUGAUAAGGUAAACGAAAUUAAACCUCUUCACAAUAAAUAUGUAAUUGUCGAAGAAGCUUUGAAAACAAAUCGACAUGUAUUACGUUUGCCACCUUACCAUUGUGAACUUAAUCCAAUAGAACUUGCGUGGUCUGUAGUAAAGAAUCAUGUUAAGCAAAAAAAUACAACAUUUAACCUAAAUUAUGUUAAAAAAUUGCUGAUUGAAGGUGUCCAGAAAGUGACUUCUGACAUGUGGGCCAAUUUCGAUCGUCAUACUAUCAAAGAAGAAGACAAAUUGUAUGAAAUCGACUUAAUCACAGAAAUUAUGUUGGAAAAUGAAGAAUCACAUAUUAUGACAAUAACUGGUGACACUUCUUCUGAUUUUUCUGACGGGUAA